UUACUUUGUAGUUUGUGGUUGUGCUCUUGUGCUUGUUGGUGCUUGUGAUUUGAAAUUAAAUAUAGACUUGGAUUCAUCUUUUCAUUUCACAGGAUACGAGCUGUGGUAUUUUAAAUUUUCUUUAUUUUUAAUAGAUUGAAAGUUAUCACUCGGUGCAUAUUGUGUCUUCGUAUAGCGUGGUAAUUACCUAUGUAUUUCAACAGCACUACUUAAUUAUAGUGACGUCAUUACAAGUCGCCAUUUUGUGCAAGGUAUUUUCAUCUGUAUUCUUAGGACAGUCGUUAAACAUAAGCUAUGUCUGAAAAUACAUCUAAGGAACCGCCCUUGCAAACUAUGAGUGGUAUGCCUCCAAACCACAAUCCAUGGAUGUAUGGUUUAUAUAAUCAUUAUAACAGUUAUCAAAGCGGAAUGUACCCGCACUUCUAUAAUCAACAAUAUUUCAAUCAAAUGGCAAACAACGGUGGAUUCCAUAACGAAACACAAUUCCAGCCAAGUAAAGACUCUAAAUCUGAUUUCGGCCAUAUGCAGUUUUCAAAACCGCCACCGCCGUUACUAGGAAUGUCUCCACUUGACACAAAUCGACCUUAUUUUAAUCAGUCGCCUAUCAGGUUUAAUCUUAACAGCAAUCGAAAAUCGACGCCUAUUCCUCCCACCGAAAAUCCGCUUUUACUGAAUCACAAUAAUAACAACAACAAUAAUAAGAAAAAGCGUAAAAAAGGAAACAAUAAAAAUACUGGCGACAAUGAUACUUCCAUGGUACCACCUUUGCCCGACCACCCUCCACCAUUACCGCCUUGUCCUCCUCCAGACGAUCUUCCCAAGCCACCUCCGCCUCCUUUAGAUGUCCCAUUGCCUCCUCCUAUAGCAACUGAAGAUAUUCCAGAGCCUCUAGGUGAACCUAUAGACUCAAUAUCUAAAGAGGGAACAUCUGAAUUUAUAUCCAACAGUGAUUCCUCAAAUUUUUUACAAUCAUCUUCAAUUCAAACAUCAGCUGGAACAUGGCCGGAAAGUUUAGAGAGGUAUAUUAAAAGAUGUUAUGAAAAGUGUAAAACAGGUUUUGAUCGUGAUCAAAUAGACAUUUGUUUAAAAGGACGAAUUACAGCAGCAGCUAACAAAGAAGAGAUUUGGACCCGAAACUGGGAUGAAGAACCUAUACCUAGUGUUCAUAGCGAAAGGGAUAAUUUGCAAGUAAAGCCAGUUCAAGGAACUUUAAGUUUAUAUCAAAAAAAUGAAAAUACUCCACAAAAUAAUAAACUUAAGCAAAUAUUGGCAGCAAAAGCAUUUAGUGCAACAAAGAAUACGCAAAGGAGGAGACGUCAGCUAUCACAUAGUAGGUCAAGGUCUCGGAGCCCAUCUAAAAAAAGGCAUAGUACCUCAUCUGCUUCUGGUGAUGAAGUUGAAGAUAAAAAGAUUUUCAAAAGCAAAGGUAAACCGAAAAUUAAGGAAAGAUUGUCAUUGGAUUCAAAGAAAAAUGACAAGUAUGCAAAAAAAGCCAAAAAGGUAGCGUACAGUGCAUUUCAAGUUGAGGAUGUACAAGGUAAUGCGGAGAAACUGCAGAAGAGGGCAGAGAGGUUUGCUAAUAGCCAUGUGCCCUCUAUUGCAAGCUCAUUACAAGUAAAUCCUAACAAACUUGAACCAAGUCCCAGGAGACCAAUUUUGAUGGAUACAGAAGGAGAUUAUGAGAUUAAUAAUAUACAUAUAGUAGGUACUUGUUUAGAUAUUGAAAAGUCAUUUUUAAGGCUAACAAGAGCACCGGAAGCAUGUGAGGUUCGGCCUGUUUCUGUUUUAAGAAACUCACUUAGGAAUGUUAAGGACAAAUGGAUAGAGAGACAAGAUUAUAGAUAUGCAUGUGAUCAAUUAAAAUCUAUAAGACAGGAUUUAACAGUACAAGGUGUACGGGAUAGUUUUACUGUAGAGGUUUAUGAAACUCAUGCUAGGAUAGCAUUAGAGAAGGGUGAUCAUGAGGAGUUUAAUCAGUGUCAGACUCAGUUGAAAAUGUUAUACUCAGAGUUACCAGAAAGCAGAACUAAUGCUGCAGAAUUUACUGCAUAUAGGAUAUUAUAUUAUCUCUUCACUAAGAAUACUCUGGAUUUAACAACAAUAUUUAAAUUUUUAACUAAAGAAGACAGAGAAAAUGAUUGUAUAAAACAUGCUUUAAACACAAGGUGUGCUUGGGCGACAGGGAAUCUGCACAAAUUUUUUAUUCUUUACAAGACAGCACCUUUAAUGGCUGGCUACCUCAUGGACUGGUUUGUGGAGCGUGAGCGGAAGCAGUACCUCAAAUACAUCAUAAAGUCCUACAGACAGAGUGUUCCUGUGGAGUUCAUCACAAAGGAGCUGGCAUUUGAGUCAAGUACUAAGGCCUUUGAAUUUUUAAAUCAGUUUCCUCUUUCGUACACUGGCUGCGACCAGACUCAAAUUGAUUGCAAAGCCAGCCUGCCAGCUAUUGCAAAUAUAUAACAUUUUCUGUUUGACAGCCGUCCUGUUAUAGUAGAAUGUUGUUGUGUGGUUAUGUAAAACUUGCAUAGCCACAGGGUCCAGUUUUGUGACGUGAUACUACUUCCAGAUCACGUUAUUAUGCACCUUAUUUUGCUAGGCUGAGGCAGCGAACCUAUCAUCAUACUUAAUUUUUAAGUUACACAUCUGAAGAGGUUGGAUGCAGAUUUUGAGAGAUCUGAGCUUAUGAAGAUUUGCUUCUGCUAUACCAGGAAAGAAUUAGUUAUUGAAGAAAGUGGUUCAGUGUAAAGACAUUUUAAGUGCUAUAAACAUUCACAAGAGGUUUAAAGUAUAUUUUAGCAAAUGGACAAUAAGUGUAAAUUAUUUUGUAAAUAUUGAUGGUCUUGAUUAAAUCUUUUAAAAUAAAUAAUUCAGUAAUCAUUGAUUGUAAGAUAGUCAUAUUAUUAAAACAUUUUGGUUAUUUUUUA